ACAGCUCCGCCGAGCCAAACACACCUGCGGCUGAGGGCUGAGGGCUGAGAGCAGAAGACGGAGGAAGAGCAGCUGCAGCCGGAGCCCGAGUCGGAGUCGGAGAUCAGUGAGUCCCCCAGGAACAGGCAGGGCUCGGGAGCCGACAGCAUGGAGAAGGCGCACAGCAAGACUGUGGAGGAAGUUCUAGCUUACUUCGGGGUGAAUGAGAACACGGGGCUGAGUCCGGAGCAAGUGAAGCAAAAUGCCGAGCGAUGGGGACCCAACGAAUUGCCGGCGGAAGAAGGGAAGUCCCUGUGGGAACUUGUGCUCGAGCAAUUUGAAGAGCUCCUGGUGCGGAUCCUCCUGCUGGCUGCCUGCGUCUCGUUUGUUCUGGCUUGGUUUGAGGAUGAAGAAACCGUCACUGCUUUUGUGGAACCCUUUGUGAUCCUUCUGAUUCUGAUUGUGAAUGCACUGGUUGGUGUGUGGCAGGAAAGGAACGCAGAGAAUGCGAUCGAGGCACUGAAAGAGUAUGAACCUGAGAUGGGCAAGGUGUAUCGAAUGGACAGGAAGGCUGUGCAGAGAAUCAAAGCCCGAGAUAUCGUGCCUGGGGACAUUGUGGAAAUUGCAGUUGGUGAUAAAGUCCCUGCUGACAUCAGGAUUAUCAGCAUCAAAUCAACAACCCUCCGAGUGGACCAGUCCAUUCUCACAGGGGAAUCAGUCUCUGUCAUCAAACACAGUGACCCAGUACCAGACCCUAGAGCUGUAAACCAGGAUAAGAAGAACAUGCUGUUUUCGGGAACCAACAUCGCAGCUGGGAAAGCGACAGGUAUUGUCGUGGCCACAGGAGUCAGCACUGAGAUUGGCAAGAUUCGAAACCAGAUGGCAGCCACAGUGAAUGAGAAGACCCCUCUUCAGCAGAAACUUGAUGAGUUUGGGCAGCAGCUGUCAAAGGUCAUAUCCCUCAUCUGUGUCGCUGUGUGGGUUAUCAACAUUGGGCACUUCAACGACCCAGUCCAUGGUGGCUCCUGGGUCCGCGGCGCCAUCUACUACUUCAAAAUCGCAGUGGCACUGGCUGUGGCUGCCAUUCCCGAGGGGCUGCCUGCCGUCAUCACCACCUGUCUGGCCCUAGGGACCCGACGCAUGGCGAAGAAGAACGCCAUUGUGAGGAGCCUUCCUUCAGUGGAAACCUUGGGCUGCACAUCAAUCAUCUGCUCUGACAAGACUGGAACACUCACCACCAAUCAGAUGUCUGUUUGUAAGAUGUUCAUUGUUGAUACCGUGGUGGGGGAUAACUGUAAGCUGCAUGAGUUCAACAUCACUGGAUCCACCUACGCUCCAGAGGGAGAAGUAUUAAUGGGAAACAAACCCAUCCAGCCCAGUCAAUUCAGUGCGCUUGUGGAGCUGGCUACUGUCUGUGCACUGUGCAAUGACUCCUCCCUGGAUUACAAUGAGGCAAAGGGAGUUUAUGAGAAGGUUGGUGAAGCUACAGAAACUGCCCUCACCUGUUUGGUGGAAAAGAUGAACGUUUUCAACUCAGACCUCAAUGGCAUCACCAAAGUGGAAAGAGCCACUUAUUGCAACAAUACCAUCAAGCAGCUCAUGAAGAAGGAAGUGACCCUGGAAUUCUCCCGUGAUCGCAAGUCCAUGUCUGUCUUUUGCUCUCCCACCAAACCCACAAUGGGAACAGGAAGCAAGAUGUUUGUGAAGGGGGCUCCAGAAGGAAUCAUUGAGCGCUGCAGCUAUGUCCGUUAUGGUACCUCCAAGGUGGCCCUGACACCUCGUUUGAAGGAAAGGAUCAUGACUGUGAUCAAGGAAUGGGGAUCAGGACGGGACACCCUCCGCUGCCUCGCAUUAGCAACCCGUGACCACCCACCCAAGAAGGAGGACAUGGACUUGGAGGAUCCUACAAAAUUUGUCGAGUAUGAGACUGACCUGACGUUUGUUGGCUGUGUAGGGAUGUUGGACCCGCCAAGAAAUGAAGUUGUUGAUUCUAUUCAGAUGUGUGAGAAAGCAGGUAUCCGUGUCAUCAUGAUCACCGGUGAUAACAAGGGCACCGCCAUUGCCAUUUGUCGGCGGAUUGGAAUCUUUUGUGAAAAUGAAGAUGUGACUGAGAAAGCUUACACCGGCCGAGAGUUUGAUGACCUUACCCUAGACGAGCAGCGGGAGGCCUGUCGCUCCACACGCUGCUUUGCUCGGGUUGAACCAUCCCACAAGUCCAAGAUCAUAGAGUACCUGCAGUCCUUUGAUGAGAUCACAGCUAUGACCGGCGAUGGUGUUAAUGAUGCUCCCGCUCUAAAGAAGGCGGAAAUUGGGAUUGCCAUGGGCUCGGGCACUGCUGUGGCUAAGUCGGCAGCAGAAAUGGUGUUGUCUGAUGACAAUUUCGCCACCAUAGUGUCAGCGGUUGAGGAAGGCCGAGCCAUCUACAACAACAUGAAGCAAUUCAUCCGUUACCUCAUCUCCUCCAAUGUGGGCGAAGUUGUCUGCAUUUUUCUCACCGCUAUCCUGGGUUUGCCCGAGGCCCUGAUUCCUGUCCAACUGCUCUGGGUAAACCUGGUAACAGAUGGUCUGCCUGCUACAGCACUGGGCUUCAAUCCCCCUGAUCUGGAGAUCAUGAACAAACCGCCUCGCAAUCCCAAAGAGUCCCUCAUAAGCGGCUGGCUAUUCUUCCGCUACAUCGCCAUCGGAGUGUAUGUCGGCCUGGCAACGGUUGGGGCAGCGACUUGGUGGUUCAUGUAUGAUGAAGAUGGUCCGCAGGUCACCUUCAACCAACUGCGGCAUUUCAUGCAAUGUACACCAGAGCACCCACUCUACAAAAACAUUGAGUGUGGCAUCUUUGAGUCUCGUUAUCCUACAACCAUGGCCCUGUCUGUCCUAGUGACCAUCGAAAUGUGCAAUGCACUGAACAGCUUGUCUGAGAACCAGUCCUUGUUGAGGAUGCCCCCCUGGGUGAAUAUCUGGCUGCUGGGGACCAUCUGCAUAUCCAUGUCACUGCAUUUCCUGAUCCUCUAUGUGGAGCCAUUGCCCCUGAUAUUCCAGGUGACCGCUCUAAACUGGCCUCAGUGGGUUGUGGUCCUGAAGAUUUCCCUGCCUGUCAUCUUGCUGGACGAAACGCUCAAAUACAUAUCCCGCAACUACGUAGAGGAUGAAGAAGAGAACAAGUACCUGAAGCGAAGACAGCUGAAGUUCUAGGAGCUGGCCUGGGAAUCUCACUCCUGGAGUGUCGCAUGUAUGACUGUCACAUGAUCCGACACUUAGGGAGUGAACAGCUUGCAUUUUCCAGUUUUGUAGCUUUCCCUGAAUAUAAUUGUGCAAUAACUGGACAUCUGGCUUAUGACAGAAAUGUGAGUGUCUGUGACAGUAAAACAGUCAACUGGAAUGAACUCUAAAAACAGCAUGUUGGUAACCUUGAGCAUUCCGCAGAAUGAUGUAGUAGUUCAUAUAGUAUUUCCUAAUAGCCCUGUGCCUUUCAUCCUUCUUGUGCUUGUUGUGGAACGUAGAACAUCUGAGCCCAUGAAUCUCCCCCCUUCUGUAAGGACAAUAACCAUAUUGAAAAGACACAAAUGAUCACUCACCAAUAGUUACCUUUUGGUCUUUCUCUUGUGAAAACCAGGCUGAUAUCCUCCUCUGCAAUGGUAGGGAAAUCACUUUUUACUUCAGUUCCUAUUGCAGUUUGCAGUUGGAUCCAGACAGAAGAAAAUUAUAAGAGUUUUGUGGCAUCAAUCUGUCCAAAGCUCUUGAAUAGUGGAGUUGUCAUUUAUGGGUUAACUAGGCCAUAAAUACCAAAAGCCAGACAAGUCAGAUUCUGCUAUCACUGAAAACCCAUUGAAUAGGAUUUACGAAGGACUUUCAUAAUCCCAAUCUAGUCCCUAGGCUUGCCUACUGUCCUGUGUGUAUACACAUGUGAGUCUGAAGUACAAAGAUAGUAGCAGCAAGUUCAAAAAAUGUCAAUAACAACGUGGUGUGAUUCUCUAAGGAGGUUGCUGAAAAUUCAAACUCACUGGUUAGUUGGGCUUGUGUCAUCAUUUACAGCAUAAAAAAGGAGUUUCCCUCUGACAAUUAGGUUGCUGCACACCCAUUUAUUAUCCAUUUAGGAAUGGGUCUCAACACCAGGAAGAGCUAUCAAGCUAUCCAGAAGCAUGUUGCUAAGAAAUUGGAGUUAUUGACAGGAGCUCAGAGUAUUUUGGAUGGAUGAUUUCCCAUUUCCCAUUAGCAGUACAGCACUGGAUCCACUCAAAACCCACUUUUUACAUUCAACAAAUGAAAAGGUGCUAAAACGGAGAUAAUUUCUACAGCCCAUUCUGCGGAAUUCUCAAUCACUAAUCUGGACAUGAGAUUUUUGUGUCAAAUUUUAAAGCAAAGCUCUCCCAUAGUUAAUUAUCUAAAUACAGUCCAGUAUAUAUUUUCCUGUCAUUUCUGACACACACACACACACAUGCACACAACACAUACACACAUUUUGUUUCCUAUUUUGCCAGGUAAAAAAUUCCAGUGGUUUGUUUACUCAUAAAAUUGCUGUUUUGAGAGGAUCCUCCCUCCCCCAGGAUGUGUAGAGAAACACUUACAGGACCUCUUACAUCAUUAGACCAGCACUAUUGCCAACUCUUACACUGCAGAAUUUUCGACUGUAUUAAUUAACAGGAGAAGAGAAUUGUUUGUUUUCACUGUAAUUGAGAUGUCCUGUAUUUAAAGGGUUUUUAUAAUUUUUUCUAAAUGUUACAGACUACAAUAUUUUGAAUAGGUUGACCAAAUAUGGAUCUCGGAGACUAUUGUUUUUUCUGUUCCUCCGCCAUGUAGUCCACAGCUCUCUGAAUGUGGAACGGGUGUUUGGUUGGGUGUGGGAGAAUGGAGCUUGCUUUGCAGUAAUCUUUGCUGGGGAACAAAGUACAUUUUCAGGUUUCUUAUUCUCACAAUGUGUGUCCAGGAACUUCAAAUGGCAUUGUAGGAACCGGUCGUUAAUCUAAUACUUAACGACACAGUUUGGUCAUUCCUGCUGCCCUCAUAUCGGUGCACAAUUCAAUCUUUUUUUUAACUGAACCACAUGGAGUUGCUUCACUGAAGCAGGAUCAGAGGCUAAAAAUCCUGAGAGAGAAUUUCCUCUCUUUGCUACUUACAGCAACGUUGUAGCGCACCCAUAAACAGAUUUAGGAUCUCCUCAUGCACCAAGACAAUACCCUGACAGCCUCUAAGCAACAAAGGAAAUGCUUUUAUACUAUAGCCUAGUGUUAUACCUGCCUCCUAAAGACACGACUGCAAAUUAUAGUGACUUUAACUGCUUUUCACUCAAAUCUGCAGGAUGAGAACAGGAGAGAAAUCCUUGUGCACGUUCACAAUAUCAGCAAAUGUUUCACUCAUUUUUUUUUUCCUGUCAGAAUUGUUGGGCUGCAUUUUCAUGGAGACAGGCUGGGAUAUGGGAGAGCUGGCGAAAUGGAGUAGAAAGACAUUGAGAGGGGAGCUCAGCAUCUUCCUGCCACCAUGGCAUAUUGCCAGUGGCAGGAACCUUGGUGGUGCGACCGCCCAUCGGGCAGCCAAUUGGGCCACUUAAGUGGCCAAUAAUGGGCUCCUUCUUGCUCCUGCUGGCAUUUUGCCCCUGCUGGGAGGGCCUGCUGCCACUUGGGGAAAUGGUCGAUUAAACACUGGUGCUCUCCCAGCGAGUUCCAGAGGGGCCCUCCAUGCUGGUUGCUCCAGGGCCCAUGAACGGGCUUCCUGGCAGCAAUGACUGCCCCUAGAGUGACAUGCCACUGGUGCUCCACCCUUUGACUGGGCCAGCAACUAUGGGGUUGGGCUACCAUCCUUAAUUGGAAGGCAGACCCAGCAAUGGCCUCUUAAUUGGCUGCUGCCAGCAAUAUGCUUCCCCAGUUCCUGCUGCUGCUGCCAAAGUGAAGAUGCCUCUCGUUUUGGCCCCAGGAUAUGCAGUAAGCAUUAUUUUGCCUGUUGUGGCUGAUUGUGUAAAGUAUGUGUGAAGAAUUUCCUUGCCCUUUGACCUUAGUUCUCUGGGCCAGUAGAUCUUUGUAGAAUACGCAGCCAAUGCUCACAGCUUUGGUGAAAAUAUUUCUGACUGGGAUAUACUUGUAAAUUGUGUAGACUCAACUGAACAGCAACUGAGAGGCACUACAAAGCUAAUUACAACUGGACACUAUUAUUCCACCUCCCUGCCUCUGUCUCGUACCAUUUUCUAGAAUUUUUAUUUUUAGUAUUUCAUUCCUGACAAAUGUGUAUUGUAUUUGUUUUGAAGUUGAGUUCAUUUUUUUUUACAUCCUUUCUCUUUCUCAUGCCCUUACACAUGCGUUAGGCAUGUGAAUCUUGCCGGAUAUAGUUGUCUGUGAACUAACAAUGACCUCCAGGCUGUGUGUGGGGCCGAUUGUUCACUUUCACCUUAGCCCUAAGUGAGUCAUAGCCUCUUCCACAAGUGACAGAAUGUCUGCAACUUCUCACCUAAUCCAAUAGGUGCAGGCCAUAGACACCAAAGAACAUCAAAUGAGCUGUAAAUUCUAGGGGAUUGGUGCUGCUGAAACAACAUAAAUGCUCGUUAUAUUUUGUUUGCUAUUCAUACUUCAUUUGUUAAAAAUCACAUUCUGGCACAAUGCAUCCUAAACACUAUGUCAACUUUGUUUUCAUAGCCCUCAAUGGCUUCAUCACCUUUCCAUCUUGGUAACAUUCUUCAGCCCUACAACCUUUCACGGUCCUUGUGUUCCUCCAAUUUUGGCCUCUUGCGCAUCCCCACUUCUUUUGCCUCACCACUGGUGGUCACGACUUCAGCUGCCUAGACUCUAGGUUCAGGAAUUCCCUCCUGAAAACUCCCCUCCUCUCUGCCUCUCUCUCCACCUCCCAAACUGUGUCUCCCUCUUUGAGAUACUACUUCAAACCUACACUUUGACCAAGCUUUUGGUCACCUACCCUAAUCUCUCCUCCUGCAUUUGGUUCAACUUUUGUUUAAUAACACGCUUUCCUGUGUUAAAGACACUUCAUAAAUGCAAGUUGUUUUUAAGACUGCAAUUGUGAAUAUUAGGAUGAAGGAGUUCUUAUGUUCAGCUCUUGUUCCAUCUUAACAAAUGGGAGGAUCUACUAGCUUGACGUGUAUCACUGUCCUGGGCAUGCUCAGUGGCACCCCUGUGUUAUGGGACCUAGUUUGCCAAUCACCUGCAGAGAAGCCUAACUGCUCAGGGGCCAUUUUAAUUGUUGGACCAAACCAACAAAGAUCAUGUGGCUGAGUACGGAGUACACAGCACCUACAAUUAAAGCUUUGGUGGAGAUGUUCCGACAAGGCUUAUAUCUGUACACUGUGUGUAUCGUAUAGAACUGUCAAUAGAUCUUAAAGGGUCACGUUCAAUGAAGGUGGUUUACUGGAUAGACGGAGGCAGUAUCUGCAAUCCCAGCUACAGUACAAAAAGAAACUCAUCCAAGCCUAUCCACUCUGCUUUAAUAUUGGCAUUGCACUGUUAACGCUCAUUUUUAGCUGUCUUUUGAAUUUUCUUUAAAUUCUGACAAUGCACAUUCUGCUCUCAGUGUUUACCCUUGGUGGGCUGGUUAGAAUAAAUUAUCUUCAGUGUGAUGAAGGCUGAGUGUCAUCCCACUGCACUGAAUCCCAUGGCCUGCAGCGGUUCCGGAAGGCAGCUCACCACCAUCUUCUCUAGGGCAAUAAGGUAUGGGCAAUAAAUUCUGGCCUAGCCAGUGAAGCCCACAUCCUCUAAAUGAAUUUAAAAAAACCUCCUCUGUGUUCCUUCUGAAGUCUCUGUUUCUGCAUAUGCAUAAGGCACCAUCUUGGGAAAUCGGCUGGCUACAUGUGAGGGAGCAGACCAGGAUGUUUAAUAAUGAACAGGUAGUGCAGUGGUUACAGACCAGGCUAAUAAACCAAAGAACAUGAGUUCAAAUCUCACUAUAGUCGGGGCCUAAUACUGACCAUUGCCUCUUUUCUAUGGACCUGUUCUGGGCAGCUUUUUGUUUGUUAAUGACCAUGGUAAAAAUAUGCUAGUAAAGGUUUAGAUCUUUUCCCCAGUACUAAUAUAAAGCCAUUUAAAAUAAACUGAUGCUCACUGUUGACAGUCUUGUUCGCUUAAAAGCUACUUCUGUCAAGACAAAUAGACAUUAAUGUGCAUUUGGAAAACUCCUUUUGACCCCUGAGGCAGCCUAGAGUCACCUUGAUUUGACAGGAUUUUCCCUUGGUGAGGGUAGAUGGUUCAUAUUCUCCUCGUGGGUGAACAAGAUGUGGGAAUUCCAAACCAGAGCUGAAUUGUGCCUGUAUUUUGGGGGGAAAAAAAUGUGGCUGAGAAUCUUUGUCUCUGCUUCACUGGAAAUGCAUGGCCUUGGAUCCCAGCACAGCUUCCCAUUACCCAUCAAACGCACGUUGUUGGAUUUUGCCACGUAGGUGGGCAGAGGCAGAGGCGGCAGCAAUUCCUCGCUAGCGGCCGGCAUGCUGGUCUGCCGCAAUGUUUCCAACCUCUGGAGGGUCACAGCUAUCCACCUGCCAGUGGUGGGUAGCCAUUAAAGUGCCAAGUAAAGAAACUCUCCACAUGCUGUCUGUAUUUUUCAGACAGCGGAUGUCCCCACCCCCCGAUGUGGCUGCACCCUGUAGCUGGCUCCGUGUGGCAGGGCAGGGGAGCCAGAAGAGCUUUCUGCAAAGCAGCCCAGCUGGGUUGCAAGGGCUGUAGCUAGGACUGCAGGCCAACCUGCGGAGGGGGAUAUUCCUCCUCAGCCUGGCAGUUGUGACCACAGUUUACUUUAAUGAAUGUUCAAUUCUUCAGAGGAUGUUCAGAUGCCCUUGAGGUCCCCUACUUAUCUCAGCAGCACCCACCUGUUCCUGUGGGACUGCCAAGGCUCCAGAGCUGCUGGCCCUCUGAGUCGGCCUGCAACAUUCAGAGCCUGCCUAUUGUCCGAGCUUGGGGGCAGCCAGUCAGGAGGCUGCAUCCCAGAAGAUCACUGAGCUGGUCUCGCUGCCGGCAAGUGAGAGGUCAGGACCCCCAUUUGGUUGGGGUCCUGAAGCCAGGGGAAAAUCCAGCCUAUGGUGUUAAAGGUCAGCCCUUUGGAUCAAGGAUAAAUGGAGAUGCUAAUUCUUGACAGGGGCAAGACAAAAUCAAAAAUGGGUUAAAUAACACCUUGAUUUUAAAGUGAGGAAUGACGAUUGAUGACCAAUUUAACAUGGAUGCUUAAGGCUGCUCCAAUUAAUCAAGGGAACAAUUUAACUUUAACGUAAGUGUCUCUUAUUAUUUCUGCUGCAGGGUAUUCUGUGCUUAAACUACUGUAAAUAGCUUGAGGAGUGUGGGGACAAUAAUGAAUUUGUUAUAUUUAUUGUACUGUUCCACUUUUGCUAGCUGAAUUUUGAAGUGAAGUUUUCUAAACAUAACUAUGGCAAUAAAGUAACAAUCCUGGACUUCUCCAUCA